CAUUCCAAGCUUAGUACUAAAUAAACACUAAGACAUUUCCAUGAUAAUGGAUUGAUUUUUCGCAAUCGUUUUGAAGGUACACAAUUCUGUUCUAAACACAGGCCUCCGGGUAACAAAUUAUACUGUCAUGGAAUUAGCCGUGCGUUUAUUUCUCGUACCACUGGUGGUCGUUCUGUCUUCGACCGUCAAAGACGACCCAUGGCCAUGUCUCGUGUACUCCAGAUCAGAGGCGGGUAAAAGUCUGAUCUUGGACAAUGAUGUCAACACAAGCCGCCAGCACUAUGGCAAUAGUGGAGAUAUUAUUCAGUUGGCCAAGGAUCUGGGGUUAGCGCAGUUGGUGAAGCUUAUAGACAAGGCUCAGCUUACCGAUGCAUUAAAAUCAGGAACAUUCACUCUGAUUGGGCCAUCCGACGAAGCCUUUGAAAAUAUUCCUGAUUGGUUCAAUUCUACCAUCCAGGGCAACAGUACUGUCCUUAAAGACCUUCUACGAUAUCACGUGAUACCUGGAAAGUUAUUCACAUCUUCAAUGCACGAUGGUGUGAUGGCGAUCAGUUUACUUGAGGGCGCUUCUGUCCGUUUUGAUAGAUUCAAUAGUGACAAGCUAAUAGCAGUUACCGGGGCUCCAAUUUUACAUGGUGACAACAAUAUUAGGCCAUAUAUUAUCACACGUAAAAUAGAGUAUUAUGCUUGA